AUGAAAAGAAAGCAGAAAGCAUCCUCUUACAACGAGAUGUGCCGCUUGGCUAAGCGGCAUAGGAUAUCGUUCAAAUCGCCGGACUCAGAGCUCUGGCCUGCUUUGCACAGAAACACUUUCGCACAGAUCUGUAGUAUUCGAGAUCAAAAGUUCGAUGAUUACUGCGCGGAUAAUUACUAUGGACAUCCGUGGAGGGCCUUUACAAAGAUAAGAGCCAAAUUUCUGACCCGUCUCGCUGCGACCCUUCUCGAGCGGACAGCGAAUGAGACUGAAUGGAGGAACGCCUUAGAAGGAGAAUUCUUGCUCCGAUUUCGUGCAGAGGUGGCAUGUCCCGCAUGUCGCGGAAGAAUUUGGAAAUCGGAUUUUGAAGCCUAUAUCGAACCUUCUGCGGAUAUCAACGACCUACGAAAAAGGAGGAAACAGCGGGUGUUCUGCCAUUGCCCAUCUUAUCGCGUAGAGGCCACAUUAUAUGAGAUUGGUGGCAGACGACUAUUUGACAGUCGACUCGAACACGUAAUCAUACACGAUGCCGAUGUGCAAGAGAAACUUCAACUUCCAGAUAAGAAGCCUGAUCAAGUCAUCGGAUUGCGAGAAACAACAGCUUUUGAAAAAUUAUUUGAAGAAUUCUCCAAAAAAUUCGGGAACGAUGAUAUUGUGGACCGCCUCACUCCCUUCGACGAAUCUGAGCAACCUCUGUUGCUUCCAUUCCUAAUUCUUGAAGCCAAAUCCGAGGACAGUGCAGAUGGGUUUAAUAAGGCCCGAGUUCAAACCGCAUUUCCCAUCUGGGCGCUCUUAAAGCUUCAAGAAGGCGUUCGAGUUCAGACGUCCGGAGAUCCACCUAAUAUCUCCCCCCUUGUUUGGUAUUUUGCCAAUAGAGGUGAGUACUGGAGAGUAUACGGUUGCUAUAUUUCCAAUGGUACACCAGAGAAAUAUGAGAUCGUGCAGCUCUGGGACGGCUGCGUGACGGAAAAAGAUGCUUCCUUACAGUUGCUUCUCAUUGUCGAUUACAUCUUUGAUUGGGCCCGGGAUAUCUAUCGACCGUCUAUUCUGCGGAUGUUGAAAUCUGCUGCUAGUGGCGUGGCAUACGACCAAGUGACCCUAGCUAACGAUAGCGACAUCUUCUCCGAUGGCCAGCGGAUUGCUAAUUGGAUUCCGGCACCGCCUACUAGUCCUAAUGCACUUGUAAUCCGUUCGGAUGUAUCCUCGGGUUCAAAUGCUGCCGAUCACGAAAGCGCGAUCCCAGUCUCGAAGCGAAAUGCCAGACUUAAGACGAUUCGUGAAGCGAUGAUCUUCCAUGCCACAAUCAACUUCGAAGGCCUGGGGGCCCCAAAAGAUUUGCCUCAACAACAUCGGCAUCAUUUCAGCAUCAUCCGAAGAAUCUGGGCAACGCGGUACAGUGAAUACAUGCAACGAAAGGACAUAGACCCGCACAUGAUUAACCAGCAGAAACAAAGGGUGAAGGAACUUCGCAAUCGUGCAUGCGCGAUGCUAAAGAGUAUCGGGACCAACGAGGGUACAUGGAGGGAUGUGGAGAUAUUGGUCUUUAAAAGAUUUGAUGAAGAAAUUGUUUGUCAACGCUGUAAAAACGAGAAAUGGAAAUCGGACUAUGAGGCAGAUCCCUUCGAUGAGGAAGACGAAGCCAGGUUGGAGAACGAGCGAAAAGAUCGGAAUGCAUGUCGGUGUUACCAGAACAUCGAGACGAUUCGAUUUGCGUAUGAUGAUAGCGACGACGAAUGUGAGAGCGCAAUUUUCGACAAAGCUGUUUCUGCGAGAUUAAUCCGCGAUCCUGAUGAACACUUCCGAAGGCGGUACAUUUCUACGCAUCCUGACAGGGUUCUGGGUUUAAAAAUGACGGAUAGAUACCGAAGACUUAUUGCAUCAUGUCCACCAGAGCUCACACACUGUCCUGUACAAGGAAUGAACUUACUUUAUCCCUUUAUUAUACUUGAAGCGAAGGGUCCCCAUGCUUUUGGGAGCUUUGAAGAAAUGAAGGAUCAGGCCGCUUUCCCACUACGACUUUUCUUGGAACUCCAGGACGCUCUUCGGAAAGCUAGCCGCAAGAGUCUCGAUCCACUGGUAUGGUUUUUUGCUUACCGAGGCGAAGAUUGGCGACUCUACGCUGGAACCGUUGUCAAAUCAAAUUUGCGUCUAUUCGACCUCUGGCAUGGCUGCAUAGCGUUUCACGAUGGUGCAUUACAGCUUUUCCAGAUCGUUGACUUCAUUUGGACUUGGGCUCGCGACGUUUACGGCCCCCAGCUUCAGAACUGCCUACGAGAACUCGCAUGGCUUGGGAUACAUACAGGGGAAGGAGGGUUGAGAGAAACCAAUUAG